GAAGAUGUUCUCGGCGCUGAAGAAGCUGGUGGGCUCGGAGCAGGCUGCGGUCAGAGACAAGAACAUCCCCGCGGGGCUGCAGUCCAUGAACCAGGCGCUGCAGCGGCGCUUCGCCAAGGGAGUGCAGUAUAACAUGAAAAUUGUUAUCCGAGGGGACAGGAAUACUGGAAAAACCACGCUCUGGCACCGACUGCAGGGGAAGAAAUUUAUUGAGGAGUAUAUUCCAACUCAGGAGAUCCAAGUCACCAGCAUCCACUGGAACUAUAAAACCACUGAUGAUAUCGUUAAAGUUGAAGUCUGGGAUGUAGUCGACAAAGGGAAAUGCAAAAAACGAGGAGAUGGUUUGAAGCUGGAGAAUGAUCCGCAAGAGGCAGAGUCAGAAAUGGCUCUGGACGCAGAGUUUCUGGACGUGUAUAAGAACUGCAAUGGUGUUGUGAUGAUGUUUGACAUCACCAAACAGUGGACAUUUAACUAUAUCCUGAGGGAACUUCCCAAAGUGCCGACCCACGUUCCAGUGUGCGUGCUUGGGAAUUACCGUGACAUGGGGGAGCACCGGGUCAUUCUGCCUGGCGACGUGCGGGACUUCAUCGACAAUCUGAACAGACCACCUGGCUCCUCAUAUUUUCGGUAUGCUGAGUCUUCCAUGAAGAAUAGCUUUGGCCUCAAGUACCUGCACAAAUUCUUCAACAUCCCCUUCUUACAGCUGCAGAGGGAGACGUUGCUACGGCAGCUGGAGACGAAUCAGCUGGAUAUUGAUGCAACUUUGGAGGAGCUGUCAGUGCAGCAAGAGACAGAAGAUCAAAACUACGAACUCUUUCUUGAAAUGAUGGAAGCCCGAAGUCGAGGACAUACUUCGCCACUAACAACUAAUGGGCAAAGCCCUUCCUCUGGCUCCCAGUCACCCAUCGUCCCUCCGAGCUCCACAUCCACAGGCAGUUCCAGCCCUGGCACCCCGCAGCCUCCGCAGCCGCUUUCCACCAGCUCCGCCAUCUCCCCCGAACCCUCCUCAUCGUUUUCGCCGGUGCCUGCACCAGAGGCCCAGCAGCCGCCCGCGCCUCCGCCGCCCGCGGCCUCCCCAGCCGCCGUCGCGCCGCAGAAGCGUGGCAUCAUAGCGCGUCUCUUUGGGUCUUCUGCUGCAUCAGAGCCUUCUCCUCCCCAGCCAGAUGCUGCUACUCCUCCCACCCACCCUGAAGCCUCUGCAAAAGUGCAGAGCGUGGAGGACUUUGUUCCUGAUGACAGCCUGGACCACAGCUUUCUGGAAGACUCAGCCCCACAGAAGGACAAAGGGAAACCACAGACUAAACGCCAUGCGGACAGUGAGAGCGAUGGAGAGGCACCAGGAGGGAACCCUAUGGUAGCAGGUUUCCAAGACGACCUGGAUCUGGAUGACAAAAUGCCCAGCAGGCCCRUGCUGGCAGCAGAGCGCGUGCCCAGCAAGAACAUCACCCUGUCCAGUGAGGAGGAGGAGGAAGAGGAAACCGUGAAGGACUCCAAGGUUGGACACCUGCCUGAGGAGGACAUUGAUACUCAACAUGAAAAAAAAAGGUCUUCCAGAAAUUCUCUGAAACCACAGAGCGAAGUAAUUUCGACCAAAGCAACUGACCCGAAGCCUCCGGAUAAUUUAUCUCCACAUUCUGGAUCUGAAAAAAACAGCAGCAGCAAGGUCAGCUCUGGGCUGCCAACAGCUGCUGCUGCCACCCCAGCAGCAGCCCAGCCCUCAAAGACCACUUCUCAAAGCAAAGGACAUGCUCUCAAGCCCAAAUUGGUCAAAGAGGAGAAGCCUGAAGAGUCUGACAGUGAUCAAGAGGGACCAAUAGCUACUCAGAUGCUCUCAUUUGUUAUGGAUGACCCAGACUUUGAAAGCGAGGAAUCUGACAGCCAGAGAAAGAAAAUGGAUGAAUUCCCCAUCCGGGAGGAUCUCUCUGAAAUAUCUGAUGAUGAUACCUCAUUGGCAAAACCACCCCAGCCUGUGAAAUCAACAGUCCCCUCAUUUAAACUGAAGAAUGAUUCAGAUCUCUUUGGCUUGGGCUUGGAAGAAACUGGUCCCAAGGAAAGCAGUGAGGAAGAUAAGCAACCCUCCAAGGAUAAAAAGAAGAAGAAAAAGAAAAGCAAAGAGGAAGAGGAGAAGUCCAUAAAAAAGAAGAGCAAACACAAAAAGAGUAAAGAGAAGGAAGAGGGCAAAGAUGAGAAAAAGAAAAAGAAGAAGAAGAGCAAGGAGAAAAAUGAGAUAGAUGAACUGGAGGCUUUUCUUGGAGGAGGAGGAGCCAGCAUGAGUAAGCCACGAGGAGGUGGGGACUAUGAGGAGCUGUAGAGCAGCCGUGUGUAAGCGCAGUGGACUCUUCUAUCGGUGGCUGUCUCCAUCUCUUCCUGUGAGUCACACCAGGACAGGUGCAGAUGUGUAAAGCUUUGGCCGUUUGCCCUAUAAGUCCCUCAAAGCAGAGCUAGCAGAACAAAAGCUUUACAUCUGCGUGUGCUGUUCUGGUGCAUUUGUUACACAAAGAAAAUGCAGCCAUGAUGGACUUGAGUGAAGGGAAGGUUCAGGAUAUGAUUCCUGGGCCUGCUCCCAGGCUGUCAUUCUGUCUUCUUCCAGAGAUGCCCAGUUGGGUAGCUGGCAGAGUGUGAGAGGUGAAGGGGACCUGCUGCCUGCUGCACCCCUCCUAUUCAUCUGCCGCACACCCAAAAUUCCUGUCUUAUUAGAGGAGUGCAACAAAACAUGCUGCAUGAACGCCUCAUGCUCACUUGUCUCAAAUCUUUAACUUUUUAUCCUUCCUAUUUUUUUAAUGAGAAAGGUGGUAUUGGCCUUUGCUCCACCUGGCGACUGAUGAGCUUUAAAUCAAGCAGAUAAUGCUACAUACAGCUCUUUAAGACAGAGARCAAGGGCCAGAAUGAGAGAGAGUGCGUGUGAUUUUGGAGUCCUUCUGAAAGGGACCUUUCUGCACAGCAACUUAGAUAGCACUCACUGGUGCUGCUGUUGGAAUUCAUGAUGCCCCCUUGAUUUCCGUGGCCCCAGUGUCUCGGACACUACACGUAAGCUGCUAUGCAGUUUGGGAAAACAAUGCAAAGCGCAAAGCUAACUUGAAAAAGAGAGAAAAAUCAGUGCUUUUCUGCAUUUCCCACCCUUGAAUUUGCAUACACUAGAAUCCCAUCCCUUUGGUACCUCUCAGGGAGAUGACUAUCAUGGAAAUGGAGAUAUCCAGAACUUCAGAACUGUCUACAGAAACAGCAUCAGCAUGGCAAGGCAAUUGCUUCUCAGGCAUUUUACAGUUGUGCUGUAAAAACAACAGCUGCCUCUCUGCACUGAGUGGGACAACCACUGUAGCUAGGACAGCCUCCUUCCUGGUGCAAGUACCAUCAGCACUGCAGGCCGUGUUUGCUAGACCAGGUCUCCCUCCCUUGCCCCAGCUGGAGAGCCUGCUCCUGCCAUGGGAGCUUGGAAAGCCUUUUGAUUUUCACUCUGUUGUUAGACCCAUGGAGCGGUACCUGCUCAGCAGCACAGGUUGCCAGUGGAUGGACUCCAGCUUUUUGCACUUGCCUGUGUCUCCGUGAGCAGCCUCUGUGUUUUAUGAGCUUGUUAACGUUCCAUACCCCUUCUGUUUUGGUGUCCCUUCUGCAGCCCAACAGUAAAGCUCCCUCCAGAAGCGCUGUCUUACAUUACCCUUUGGCUUGCAAGUUGAUUUGGCUUGCAAGUUUGAUUUUUUUCACCUCUUCUCCCUCUCCCUUCCUUUCCACGUAAGUUGUCAACCRUGAAAUCCAAACUGGUGUUUUCUUUGACAUCCCUAUAAGGCAAAAUAUUCUUUGGAUCCAUCUUCCACUGCAAAACUGUCUUGAACAGCAGGCAACUACUGCGUUUUUCUUUUUAUUCCUUUUUUUUUUUAAUUUUUUCCUCCUUUACUCCGCAAGAAAUGCACUUGUAGCUGUUUCCUUAUACAAUGAACUGGAUUUUUGCUGCAUGAGCAGUAUAUUGUUCAGGUCUAUUUCAUUAUGAUCUUUUACCUUCUUCUCUGAUGAUCAUUUCAUGACACUGUAGGUAAAUUGCAUGGGACAGUUCAAACUUCGCAUGCCUGGGGAGGAAAAUAUUGACUGAAAUGCAACCGGUUUGCAGCCCUGCUUUCAGAAAGGAAGGGAGACAGUCAGGCUUCAGCUAGCUGCAUUCCUGAAAGCUCUUCUGUUCUGUAAAGGUUUGGGGUCAUGUUCCAUUCCACAUCGGGAAACCUGGUACGGUCCAUUCCAACUAUAAAGCUCUGUUCCACAA